CGGGCGUGGGCGGCGGGAUGAUAGGGUGUUGGUGGGGCGUGGCUCUCAUCUCAGCUGUUGUGGGCGCCGCUGUCAUGGUUGUCCUUCUUCGAUGUCGCAAAUUCAAGAUCCUGCCUUCUGGCCGAGAUACGUGUCCUAUGCUCCUGAGGGGGACGUGGACGAAGGGCUCGGCCACCAGUGCCACGGGUGGGGGUACUGGCGGCACGGCGACACGGGUGAGCGCCGGCGGAGGAGCGACAAAGACCGGAGAGGAGGCUCCUGCGGCAGCGACGGGCGGUACCACCCACACGGGCUGGAGCAUGAAACUCUGGCGUCGAGGUUCCUCACAAGAACGUCCUCUCCGUCCAGCGUCCUCCCAGGGCUCUGAGAACUCCUACACGGAGGAGCCCUACGUCAACGCUGACGCACAGAGCGCUGUCUACGCCGAGCUCAAUUCUACGACGGCGUCGACGCCCGGGAGCGCCAGUGGAGGUGUAUCCUAUCGCCCCUACUCCCUCAAUACGUAUUCUGAGAUUCCCGACCCCCUCCGGCCGUUAACACUGGCGGGAGGCCUACGGGCGUACAUCAGCGAGAGCACCUACGAGAACGCGGGUUACGUGCUGUCCGAAGCGGGGCUGGAGCAGCCUGAGAGCUCUGUGGGGUCAACGUCGACACCUUCGUCGGCGUAUUACUCCGACGUGUCAUCCUCCGACACCCACAAUAACAAGAAGAAGAAGAAGAAGAGGAAGAACGAGGAGCGCAACAACCUGAACCUCCAGCGGUCUCUGAUGCCGUCAAACAUCUCGUCCAGCGUCACCAUGAUGAACCACCACAACAUAAUGGCCGGCCCUGACAGACACAACAACCCCCCCGCCGCCACCCACCUGCGGGAGGCCGGCCACACCUUGAGCCAGGGACACCACCACCCGCCCCUCCACAACCACGAGUUGUUUCCCCUUGCCCUAGAGCUCCUCCCUCAACACCUCGCCCUCGACAACAGAGGCGUCGAGACUGUCCUGCCGCCUCUUCAACCCAACAUGAACGUCAUACACACAGCCAAUCAGGUGCAGACGUUACCCAACAUAAAAAACGCGAAUGAGGCUCGAGCGGCCAUAAAUGCCACCCAAACGUUAGGGGGGACUGUGUCCUCCACCCCCAGUCCAGGGGGCGUCCCUCCCGGGGUCACUACUGGGGUCAUAGCUCCAACUCCAGGUGUGCCAACAGGGGUCACUAGCGGGGUGUCUGGGGUCACCAGUGGGACGCCAGGUGUACCAAUUGGGGUCAGUAGUGGGGUACCCGGGGUCACCGCUUCUGGGGUCCCUAUAGAAGUGAUGAACAACAACCUGGAGGAGGAGGAGGAGGGGGAGGAGGAUGCCUCCCACAGGCCACUGCCGCCCCUGCCCAGUCGUCAGCUUCAAGGCCCCCAGCGUCGCGGGGUGUACGUAGGCCAGAGCAACAAGCAGGACCAGCCCCUGCCACCCGUGCCCUCAGAGUACGUAUAGGAGACACCAUCCACGACGUCAGUAGACACCUUCGUCGGCGUCUGUACCUAUGAGAGGCAUCUUAUUCGUUGUCUGUAGAAGGCACCUUCGUCGGUGUGUGUACGUGUAGAAGACAACUACCUUCGUCGACAGUCGGCAUCACCGUCACCCACGUACUCUACACCCGCCACCCGUGAAAACAUUAAACUGGAGCUAAAACGGAGACAAAAAAAUGCCCUGACGACUCUGACAAUGGUUUCCUAAUUGUCCCACAGUGGUUGAGGCAAC